AUUAAUCGUUUAAAAAAUACUGCCUAAUACCACAACUCCGCCCCAAGUCCAUCUCUAACAGCUCUCCCCGGCAAGCUUCAAGUACAGUUAGGUCCUAUUUCCUGUAGACUUUUGGCCGCCAUUUUGUAGAAAGCCCAUUUUGGCGCCGAAUUCCCGAAUUCAGCAGAAAAUUGGCGGGAAUUCCAGUCUCCCAAGCUCUAUAAAAGCCAGCAACUGGCAGAGCCACCUCGCAGAAGCACUUUCAACUCAGUCAGUACGGUGUUUGUCUCGAGAUCUUAAAACAGAAAAAAAGUUUAACUUUUUUUUAAAAAAUUAUUUAAAAAAAACCAACCGCCAUUUUGGAAGUUCAGUUCCACGUGAUUUCUUCGUUAAAGUCUUUGUGAAAAAGGAAAAAAAUAUCGAAAUAUCUCAAAGAUGGCCAGCAUCCGCAGCAUGACCGAUUACUACAAACGCAUGGAGGAUGCCAACAACAAGCUGGUCGUUUUGGAUUUCUACGCCGACUGGUGCGGUCCCUGCAAGGCCAUGGACGGCACCGUCAAGUCCCUGGCACGGAAAUACUCCACCAAGGCGGUGGUCAUCAAGAUCAAUGUGGACAAGUUCGAUGAUCUGACGGAGAAGUAUCGUGUCCGGAGCAUGCCCACCUUUGUCUUCUUGAAGAACAAUCGCAAAGUGGGCGGAUUCUCCGGCGCCGAUGAGGACAAACUCACCCACAUGAUGGCCAAGUUGGUCAAAUAGAUCUCGAAAUAUAAUCCCCCCCUCCAAACUGGCUGGUAGAUGGAAGCUGGACUUUUUUUAACUUCGUCUUGUCUAAUUUUUAGUGUUUAAAUGUUUCAUGUUUUAGUCACAAUUAUAAUAUUUAUUAAUUCAUACAAAUAAUAUUCUUAAAAAAAUUCAAAAAUCAAUUCCGAUGUCAUGUAUGUAAUAGUGCCCAGGAACGUGUCUGCGACAUUUUUCGAAAUAACAUUAAGUUUCAAAAAUAAAUUCUAAGCACUUUGACGUAAGA